AUGUAUGAAUAUAUUCUCGAUACAACUCAUGAUUUCCUUCCACAGAAAAAUGUGAUGCUGAUACGAGAAUAUUUAUGUAAACAACCAGUCGCGGACGAUGGAACUAUUAUGAAUAAUAUCCUUUUGACCUGUCCUGCAUGUAAUCAAAUAAUGGUCCGACAACGAUCAUUCAUUAAGCACUUACAAUAUCAUAAUUAUUCACCUCAGCAAUGCAAAAAUGCUCUCUACAAUACAAUUAUUGAUUCACUUAAAUCUCGCCAACAGGUGGAGGGUAUUAUUGAAGAAGUAUCAACCAAAUUGGUAACCAAUACUUUUAAGCAAAUUCGAAUUCGAACAGAACCUGAAUUACCAAAAGAAUCAUUUAUUACAUUUAAUGCAGAAAAAGGAUUGUUUGUUCCAUCUAAUGAGAAACAAUCACAACCAGAAAAUAUUUUAACAACAAAUAUCACCUCCAUCGGCUCCAUUUCAGAAAAUUCAACUCAAAUGUCACAACCUUUACCUCAAAUCAACCAUAUGUAA